CUCACUCUCAUACUUUGGCUCGAUCAUACCUCCCCCAUCUCUCUCUCUCUCUCUCUCUCUCUCUCUCUCGCCUCAGCGGAAGAGAAGAUGACGGGAUGAGAGGAGAUGGAUUUUGCGGUGAGAUGCAGGGGGAACGGCGAAAUUAGCGACGUGUCCUUAUUUACGAGCCACUCGAGUCCGCGGGAACACGCUGACCGAGGAGUGUGGGAUGAAGAAAAAUGAGUGAGCGCGGCGUUUGCUAAAGACAGGCCCAGACCCUUCCAGAAGGCCAAAUGGAGCAGGAUGUGGAGAGUCCCGUCACGGUGAGACAGCCACGGCUGCCCAAACAGGCACGAGACGACCUGCCCAAGCAGCUUCAGGACAGCGAUCGAGCCAAGCGCAAGAUCCAGCGUUAUGUGCGCAAGGAUGGCAAGUGCAACGUGCACCACGGCAACGUUCGCGAGACCUACCGCUACCUCACAGACAUCUUCACCACGCUAGUGGACCUGAAGUGGCGGUUCAACCUCUUCAUUUUUGUGCUGGUCUACACAGUUACGUGGCUUUUCUUUGGCCUCAUGUGGUGGCUGAUUGCCUAUGCUCGAGGGGACCUGGAGCACAUAGGCGACGAUACAUGGACACCGUGUGUCAACAACCUGGAGGGUUUUGUCUCCGCCUUCCUGUUCUCCAUUGAAACUGAGACAACCAUUGGUUAUGGGUACCGGGUGAUCACAGACAAGUGCCCCGAGGGCAUCAUACUUCUGCUAGUGCAGUCAGUGCUGGGCUCCAUUGUGAAUGCCUUUAUGGUGGGUUGCAUGUUUGUGAAGAUCUCGCAGCCUAAGAAGCGUGCAGAGACAUUGGUGUUCUCCACCAACGCAGUCAUCUCAAUGCGUGACGGGCGCCUCUGUCUGAUGUUCCGCGUCGGUGACCUGAGGAACUCACACAUCGUUGAGGCCUCAAUCCGAGCCAAGCUGAUCAAGUCCAAACAGACCAAGGAGGGGGAGUUUAUUCCCCUCAACCAAACAGACAUGAAUGUGGGCUAUGACACAGGCGAUGACCGCCUCUUCCUUGUGUCCCCACUCAUCAUCUGCCACGAGAUCAACCAGCAUAGCCCCUUCUGGGAGAUCUCCAAAGCCAACCUAGCUAAGGAGGAGCUGGAGAUUGUUGUGAUUCUGGAAGGCAUGGUGGAGGCCACAGGAAUGACCUGCCAGGCUCGCAGCUCAUAUGUGGCCAGCGAGAUCAAGUGGGGCUACCGCUUCAUGCCCGUGCUCACGCUGGAGGAUGGCUUCUAUGAGGUCGACUACAACAGCUUCCAUGAGAUCUACGAGACUAACACGCCGAGCUGCAGUGCACGCGAGCUGACCGAGAUGAGCGCACGUUCGCGCCUGCCCCUCUCCUGGUCCGUGGCAAGCAGACUGAGCCAGCAGGGCCUGCUAGACUCACGCAAUGAUGAGGAAGAGCAGGAGAAAGAGAGCAGAGAGACACAAGAGCAGGAACGCAAUGGUGACAUUGCCAACAUGGAGAACGAGUCCAAAGUGUAAAGUGGAACAAGCAAGGCAGGGCAGAGAGUUUGCUUCCUCUCGCUCCAUUACACAAAAAUCACAUACAUUCUCAGACAUUUAUCAGACAUCCUCAACAGAGGUGGGCGAUAUGACAAAAUUAUAGCACAAUACGUGAAGACAUUUGUACGAUACACGGUAUAUAGGCUUGAUAGCAAACUGCCAGUAAAACAGUAGUGUUGCAUUUAAAGCCAUAAUAUUUAAUGAAAAUGAAAAGAGAGGGAAAUAAAAAAAAAUCCUUCGAAAAUAUUAACAUCUUACAACAUAAACAAAUAGAACAAAUGUCUUAUAUCUAAUCAUCUGCUUCCAACUAUGUAGUUGUUAUAAAAUUACUGACGAUAUCCGCAAUCUCAGAUAAGUGACGAUUAUUCAUGCCGAUAUUAUAUCGUCAUAUUGCCCAGACACUUUCCAGGUUCUCUCUCUCUCUGUCUCUCUCUCUCUCUCUCUCUCUCAGUGCCCUGACACACCAAUCUGACUGACAGCCAACUAAAUGACUGUAGUUUUGUAGUGUUUUGGCCCUUGUUAGCACAGAUCAGUGCCAAUUUAACAUGUUGUGAGCAUGUGAGUUCUCUAACUCACAAAAUUAUACUCUCAAGUUAUUAUUUCUUAUUUGUUAUUACUAGCUUAACUUGUAAUUUUAAUUACAGGCAGACCAUAUAAACUGUUUCUGAAACUAUAUACUGAUAAAUGUUGUACUAUUCUUACAGUAAUAUGUAAAUUGGCAUGCAAUACUUAGUGUUCGAGUUUUCUCUUUUUUAAUUACUAAUAUAUAAUACUGCCUAAAAAAAAAAAGACACAAGGCGAUCUUUAUUCAGCUUCGGUUGGUGCUAGUGUUUCAAAGUCAGGUUGGUGUGUCACUGUGGAGAAGACUUUCGUGCCAGAUUGAAAGCAAUUGCGCUGUGAAAUCGAAUACACGUGUGGUAUUGCUUUAUAUAUGUGCCACGUUAACAAGUAAAACCUUCAUUACAUUACAGCACUUUCUAUCUUCAGUCAUUAAUAAUCACCAGGGGAUGGCUUUAUUAGGAACGAAAUACAUGUAAGUCCCUGUAAUCUUUCAGUCAUGCCACACUGAAAUCCAAACACUGUCCAUUCACAGCUUGAAGCUGCAUUCAGGGGUGUGGUUGACCUCUAAGCUCCAAUUUCCAUUGGGUGUUUGCAUACAUAUAAAAUCCUUUAUAGUUUCUCACAGGCUCUUUUUUUAAUUUAUUCAUACUCCAUUAAUUACCAAGAUCUUAUAGCAUUAUUACUUGCAAUAUGUGAUUAAACUAUUAAUAUUGAUAAUAAAUAUAAAUAUAAAUAUCCCGUUAACAAGAAGUAGGGGGAACAAGAAGUAACAUUUGCCUCUGAAUUUCCUGCUGUGUUUCAGGACUCCAACAUGCUGACGUUCCUAAUUGGUAUUUAUUACAGAGCAUAUGUGUAUAGGUAUAUUUUUUUAAUGUUGUUGCAUUAUGUGUAUAUUUGCAGCUGAUCAUAUUGUGCAAACCCCUAAAAGAAAGUGCAUGCAGUAUGCAGGAGUGAUGUUGUCCUGAAGCAGGAAUUUCAUUGAUUCAAUCUUGUUCCUAUACCACGCUUGUAGUACUGUAUCUUACAUGUGAAUAAAAUACUGAUCUGAAAUAUCCAGUAGGUGGCGAUAUUUCUCCGUUACUUACUAAUCCUAGAAUCAGAAUCAAUCAGAAGAGAGCAGAACAGUCAUGCAUAGUUAUGUUUUUAUUAUUAUUAUUAUUAUUAUUAUUAUUAUUAUUAUUAUUAUUAUUAUUAUAGUGUAAUCACUAUUAUUAUUAUUAUUAUUAUUAUUAUUAUUAUUAUUAUUAUUAUUAUGUAAUCACUAUUACAGUAUCUAACAAAUGCCCCCUUUUUGUCAGAAAAAAACUUAAUAAUUCUUGUUGUGAGCUGUAAUUGCUUUAGUCAUGUCAACAAUUUUAUCAUCUAUUACUAAUAGAUCUAUCAAUGCAGUAAGAAAGUAGAAAUAAAGACAAUAUGAACAGCAACACCUACAGGAAAAUGAUGCUUUCAGGUCCUUCCUUGACCCCCACCACAGUAGGUCUUAGUGCUAUGGAUGGAUAGUGGUUGCAUUUCAGUGCUGCAAUGCAGAGAUAAAUGUGACAAGGAAUCCCACAAGGAAUUCCGUGUUAUGUGAAGUCAUCAUUAAUUUCUUAAAAGUGAUGUAAGAGGGUUUCUCAUUGUGGUCAGCUGUCCUCAUGCCAUGCUGUCUGCUUUUCAUGUUUUCCCCCUGGUUGCUUUUCUACCUGGCACGGAUUCUUUUCCAUGUGUAACGGCCUUACCGCACAUUCUCUCACAGUCACACAUUUUUUGCACACCCUCAAUCCCCUCAUUUAAGAUAUUAAACAAUCUCUCUGCCUUCCUGUCAAUCUCUGCUUUGCAUAGCUGGACACCAGUCUGAGAUCAGCUCAGGAAAGAGCCCUAAAAGUCGGGCAGAGCACACAGCCUCCUGCAACCCCCUGUAUCACUUUUCCUCUUCCUUGCUCUCCAUGUCUCUCGUGCCCCAAAGAGACUAAAAAAAAGCUGGACAAACUCAGAGGCUUGGGCAAAACUGCAUGAUUUCAAAUAAUACAUUUCCUUUCUUUAAAAUAAAAAAAAAGACAUUAUUUUCAGAUUUUUAAUUGAAAGAUUAAAAGUUAUAUAUGUAUAUGAAUACAUAGAUAUAUUCUAGGGCAUUUACAUUUGUAUUUUUUGUACAUAUAUUUCAAUAACUGUUUUGUUUGAGAUGAGUGAACAUUUGACAGGUGGCUGUUUGAUACUAUUGAUUUGGACCAGGUGUGUAUAUUCUGCCUUUUGGAAGAGGAUUUCUUUACCUUCUGGGUUUUCAGAAACAUAUAUGUAUAUAUCUACGCAUGUACAAACCUUAACUGUAGUUGAUUUAUUCUGUAUGAUGUAUAUAAACGAUGGUAGGUAGUUGUAGGUGAGGCGCAAAUGAUCUUUCACUGGAUGCAAAAGCUUUAGCCUGGAGUGUGCGAGUGAUUUCCGAUGGAAGAUGUGUUUGGCCCUGACUCUGCAUGUCUGCUCUGAUAUCCCACUAAACCUCGACGUUCACCUUCAGCCCCCUUUAGACUUCCGUUACUUUCUGCAGACUCUUAGUACUUCACACCUUUAAACAGAAGGCGUGUGCAUGUGUGUGUGUGUGUGUGCCUCAGGUAGCCUCAGGUGCUGUGUGAGUGUGUAGCUCCCAGAUGACUCCUGGUGUGCUGUUUGCACAUGCUCUCCCUGAAUACUGAGAAACAUUUCCUAUUUUAAUUGUCAUUUGUUCAUCUGGCAGUCAUAAAUGAAAACAUUUUUCCCCUUAAGGCCCCUCAGGUAAAACGUUAUCGCUCUUUGAUUGACAUUCCAAACGAGAGUAUAUUGCUAUACAUUUGAAAUGUGUAUUAUUCACAUAUUCCUUCACGAAACAGUAUAGUUUGCUGUACAUCUGGGGGAUUUGGGGCUUUUACCUCAAGCACUAACAUCUUAGAAUUUCUUUUUUCAUUAAACCUACAUUUUUUUUCCUAAACAUGAGCAACCAAAGAGACCAAGCCCUGUAUCACUAAAGCAAUCUGAGAAUGGAAACGGAAGCCGUCUUUUUCUUUUUAACUGGAUGUUUUAAAGGGUAGAGCUGAAAUUUGUCACACCUGAAGGGCUUUACAUUUUUCUCAAAGACAAAAAAAAAAAAAAAAAAAAAAAAUGUAAAUCAUGUUUAGCCAGAACUCAACACACACACAGGACAACCAUCACUCCUCCAGGAGCUUAUUAUUGAUUUCCAGCUUCUUCAAGAAAAUAGACUUUGUUGAUUGUUAAACUUUCCGAAGGUGCAUUUGAAAUCAGUGGCAUAAAUAAGUGUAUUUUCAACUUCAAAUAUUAACCUGCAGCUUGAAGUCUAUAUAGAAUAAUAGCAUGCCAAGUAUACAUACAGAAGGGGAAGCAUUUUGACCCGUUUUAAGAGAACAGUUGUAAGGCUGUUAGGAAGUAUAGAAUCAGAAAGGCAAUGUACACCACUCUUAGUGUACAUUAUAUUUGCUGAAGUGCCCUUUAAUUGUGCUCCUCGACAGACUGAGGGACCCCUCUCCUUUUAAGCAAGCCAUCCAGAGGGCAAGACAACCUCCCACACACACACACACACACACACUCUCUCUCUUUCUCUCUCUCUUUCUCACACACACACACACACACACAGAGCCAGUGGCUGAGGUUUUAUAUCUCAGCUCCUCUGCUCAUCUUCACAGGCACAUUGACUCCUCUGUAACUCGAUUUUCUAGGGAGAAGUACUGUCAGGAACACUGGACAUAUUUUACUUUAGUUACUCCUUUUGUUUCCUUUAGAUAUUGAUUUUUAAACUUAUAACUAAGAAGCCAUACUAUGGUACAAUAUUCAUCUUUAGUGUUUCUAGAGGUAUUUCAUCAUGAUUUUGUUGUUGAUUUCUAUAAAUACUCAUGAAAUAAACCAUAUCCCAAUAUUCCUUUUGUGUUUGCUAAAGACGAUAGUAUUCUGUCUUUAUUUCUGUCUUGAUUUCUAAGAUUAAUGAAAAAUCCCAGUCGAUCCACACUAGUGGAAGAAUUUUAUUGUGUACUUAAGGUCAAACUGAACACUAUUCAGUCCGACAUUUUAUUUUUUUUUUUUAUUCUCUGAGCCUUUACAAAGACGCACUACGAUAUAAUUCACUUUUUUUUUGUCGUGGUUGAAGAGUGUAAAGAUUUUUUUCUUUCUAAAUGCCAACUACUUUUAAACUUACUAUUAAAAUAACUAUACACAUCCAAGUAAAUAAAUAUAUAGUCAUUUACUUUAAGGAAAUUUCUAUAUGCAUUAUUAGCCUAAUUGACGCCUGAAGUCGCAAGUUAGGGAAAACGCUGCUUAUAAAAUAAAAUGUAAAAUAAAAAGCAUGAAAGUGUAUGUUAAAACAGUGUUUAUGUACCGAGAGUAGAAAGUUUAAGGAUUCAAAAAUUUAACAAAUCAAUAAAUUCCUGUUUAGAGCACAUAGCGUUUUACAAUUUGGAUUAUGAUCUGAAAUCUUAAUGACAGAAUCUUGAAGAAAUCAAAAAAAUUACAUUUUUCUAGAAUGGGAGGAGUAAAACCCCUUAUUAUUAUUCACAUCCACGAUGCAGAUAUCCACAGUCUCUUUUUAAUUCUUCACAGAACAGGAAGAGAUGCUGAAGAAAAAACACACAGAUAAACAUAGACCACAUUAUUUGUGAUAUGAUUUUGGAUCAGUUGGGCUUUACGUUACAUGAUUAUGAAAGUCUGUAAAAAGUAGUUAUGGGCUCACAUGUUUUGUGUCCUGUCUCUGGAGCUGGAGCUGAUGUUGUUUUCAUCACAAAGUGGAUUAUUUUCCUAUAAAAGCAUGUCCC